AUGAGCGACUCAUCUCCUUCUUCUUCUUCUUCUCAGAACUCCUCUACUGAAGAAGAUGUGGAUAUAAUGGAAAUUAUUACAGGAUCACCGCCCAAGAGGAAUCUGUCUCGCUAUCGUAGACCUGUGAAGAGGAACAAGAAAGAUGGGGGCCAGCAGAUCAAUCCAGGGAGUGGUGACGACGAAUUCGAUCUAAGCUUGCCUGCAAUUUUUCAAACAGAAGCAAGGAAGAACGAAGAGCUAUCUCUAAGGAACAAAAAGAUCGAAAGUGAGUUGGCAGAGCAUGAUGCCCAGGUUAGGCAUGAAUACUCUGAAUUAGUGUGGGAGCAAGAGAGAAUAAUUGGUCAACUUAAUGACAAUGGUUCCGAAGGUAAAGUGUUGUUUCUGUUAGAUAAGGAUAGAGAUUACAUCGAAGACAUAAUGACAUGCAAGAAGAAUGAUCUGGAUGGCGUGAAGCACUACUACUUUCUAGUGGAAGAAAGAGCAGCGGUAGACAAUGGAAAUGGAUUGUUUAGGGAUGAGCCUGACGAAGAGUACUAUGUAUAUGAUCAAUUUGAAUAUCUUCACAGGAGAAUUAUAGAAGAGGAUAUUGAUUUCAAGGAAAUUACAGACUAUGUAUUUGAUCUUAAGGAAGUUAACAAGUUAGAACGGUGGGUUCAAUUCUUCAAAGAGAUCCAAUCGGACUCUUAUGAGUGUAAAGGCAUUGAAGAUAUUGACUUCUUCUCUUAUAUGAAAUCUUUCGGUGGGUGCAGUGAUCAUCUUCGCUAUGAGUUCAAGGAACACCUUCCAAAGAAAUAUAUCCACUUUUACCGUGAUUCAGAAAUCGCUUUGAACAAAUUUGCUAUCAUGUACUACGGAGAACUAAAGACAAGCUCGUCUACUUAUUGGGGUGACUUGCGACCGUUUAUAUUGAUGUUUUCCGAUUUCUACCUCAACAAGAAUUACUCUGAUAAGCUUGUAGAGACAAUGGUGCCCGUAUUUGCUUUAAUGCUUAAAAAGAAAGAGUCUAAGUUUAUUAGUGAAUUCUUGAAGGAGCUAAGGUAUAUGACCUUGGAGCAACAAUAUAAUAUCUUAUACAAGCUUCAAACCAACGGAGAGACCCAGGGCGAUGCUUAUCAUGAGGCAGUAAGCUCAAUGUCCUUGGCCUUUAUAUCCGACGACAAGGGGAACAUACUCAGCGAGAUUCUGCCGGAGCUAGAACUCAAGUUACUUGAGAAAUUGUUCAAUGAAAUCAAAGCAUCCGAAUUCGAAGCUGCUGGGCCACCCUCUCAACUCAAAUAUGACAAGCCAUUCUAUCAGUUCAAGCUUUUGAAUAUUUUCAACUUCGGACCAACGUCUGAUAUAAAUCUAUUGCACCAUAUCGAUAGAGCACUACAGGAUACAAAAGACUAUUUACACAGGAGGCUAGGGGUACUAUCUGAAUCCAAAUCAGAGCCAAAAGAGGACCUCGCUUAUUUAACCCAGAUGUAUAGUAUAGUUGAGAUUAUGAGUCUAGGAUUGGAGAAGAAGUUGAUCUGGAAUCAGCAGCGCUCCGAUUUAUUCUAUUCUGAAGAGUAA